AUGGCUAACAACAAGUUCAAUUUGCAGCAUCUCCUGGACAACGGCCUAUCAUUAGAAGUCGACGAGGAAGUCAUCCUCAUCUUCCAAUCUGCAUUUCAGUCGCUUUCUGAGGCAACAGCCGACGAACAAGCUCGGGACGUCGCCUCGCAAUUGCAAAAGCUCGUGUCCCCCGAGAAACCGAUAACCCAGUUCGGGAGCACCUGGGAAGCGUUUCUGAGCGUCGCAAGAAACAUUCCUUAUCGAGACCAUGAGGGACAAGACUUUAUCAUAAAGGUCAUUCGCGUGCUGGUCGCUACACCGCCGUGGGGUGAUCUUCCUGGGCUGGCGCAAGUCAUGAGAACCAACUGGUCAGACCCAACGCUCGAGACUGUGGAAGGACAGGAUGUAGAGGAUGAGUAUUCUUAUAGUGAGUGGCUGAACUUGAAUUCAUUCAAUGCCCGACUCUUUGGAGCAGGUCUGGUGGAAAUGGAGAGCUUCGUCAUCUGGCAGAUGAGGCAAGCUCUUGAGGAGGACCUGAACCCUAAUAAUGCGGCCACUGAUCUGAGGCUUUCCGUCGCCAGCGAAUGGGCGAUUCACUCUGGGCCAGUCCUCCUGCGGAAGUGCCUAGUGGAAAGACGAGAUAUCACUGAAGGUGACAAGAAGUCGCGUGGACCUGGUCCCUUGUAUACUGGACAUGGGGGUUUGAAUCUCGAACGUUGGGGAUUUUGGAAACGGAGGUUUGAGGAACUUCGGCCAGUGGUCGCUGGGGAGGAAGCAGUUGCACGUGUUGACUAA